UUUGCUUAUAUUCACUUUGAAACUAAUUAAACUUAUUGAAAAUGAAUAUAAUGAAGAUGAUGAUAGUUGCAGUGCUUGUGUUAAUAAUGGUGGGUAAUAUGGAAAGCAGGAGUACUAAUAGUGUGAAUUAUUAUGAGCAAGGUCAGUGCAUAGAGAAAGAAAAACAAGCUCUCCUCAAUUUUAAGACUGCUUUAGAUGAUCCAGGUAAAAAUCUCUCCUCUUGGACAAAUAAUCCUAAUAAUAAUAGCAACAACCAAAAUUGUUGCAAUUGGAGAGGUAUCACUUGUGAUAGCCAAACCAAUCAUAUCAUUAAGAUUGAUUUUUCUAGUGUUUAUGAAAUCAAUAUUAAUGGUGUGAUUAAUGGCUCCUCCUCAUUAGUUGAACUAGAGAGUUUGGAGUACUUGGACUUUAGUGGUCAGAAAUUCACUCAAAUUCCCAAGUUUCUUGGUGCCCUAAAAAAUCUCAUACAUCUAGUUCUUCCUAUAAGUGGGGUUAUUCCUUAUGAGCUUGGAAAUCUUACCAAAUUAGAAUAUCUUGAUCUUUCAAGCUCUUCUGAUCAAAAUAAAAUGGUUGUUGAUAAUUUUGGUUGGCUCUCACAUCUCACUUCAUUGAAGAAUUUUGUGCUUGCGAAUGUGCAUUUCACUACAUCUGGCCUUGAAUCUUUUAGGGUUCCAUCUUCCUUACUAAGCUUGCGUGUAUCAAAAUCUAUACUUCCCAAAGUAGAUACUUUUCCAUUUUCGAAUUCUUCGAAUUUUCUCGAAACUCUUUCCCUCACACAAAAUUCUAUCCAUCCCGACGCGAUUACUUUGUUUUUAAAUUCUUCCAUGAACCUUAUUGAUCUCACCUUCCAAGAAAACAUCAUCAAUGGUUCAUUUCCAAAUUCCUUUGGCCAUAAAGAUUAUCUUAGGAAUGUCUAUUUGUCAAAUAAUGAAGUUGGAAGUAGUAAAGGAUUAUUGAAAUCCUUGAGAAAUCUUUCUAACUUAAUUAUUUUGGAUAUUUCUAUGAACAAUAUUGGUGGAACCAUACAUGAUCUAUUUGAAACCCUAUCUUCAACUAAGAAUUCCUUGGAGGUUUUGCGUUUAAGUUCCAACAAACUUAAAGGUUUAAUUCUUGAUGAUCCUGAGAAAACUUUCCCAUCUUUGAAGUAUUUAGAUCUUGGCUAUAAUUUGGUUGAAGGUCCUUUUCCCAAUCGCUUGAGUCAAUUUCCGAAUCUUGAUGAGUUGUAUUUAAACAACAACAACUUCACUGGUCUAUUGCCUGAUCUUUCCUCAAUGUUCAACUUGAAAGUUUUCAAUGGAGCACAUAACAACUUCAAUGGUACUUCAAGUUAUGGUAUUGCUCAACUUUACCAUCUUGUUAGGUUAGAUGUCUCUUGGAAUUCUUUCAAUGGGGAAUUUAGCUUACAAGAUUGUCCUAGUUUGAAAUUUCUUGACAUAUCUUAUAAUUCUGUGAGAUUGAAAUUUAAAUCCAAUUGGGUACCUUCUUUUCAACUCUCAAACUUAAUGUUGUCUUCUAGUAAGCUAGGUCCAAAAUUUCCUCAUUGGCUCCAAACACAAUUCAAUCUCUCAUACCUAGACAUUUCCAAUGAUGAAAUUUCUGGUCUCAUUCCUAGUUGGUUUGGUAAUAUAACUUCCAAAUUGUACUAUUUAAACAUGUCUUGCAAUCUUCUUGGUGGCACCUUACCAAAUUUUCCAUUACAAUCUAGUCCCUUCUUCCCAUCUUAUGAGCCUAUUUAUGUUGAUUUGAGUUUCAACAAAUUCCAAGGCUCUAUCCCACAUUUUUUAUCCAAUGCAACAGUGUUGUACCUCUCCAAUAAUAAAUUCAAUGAUUGUAAGCCCUUUCUUUGUCAAACAAUAGAUAUUGAAACACUAUUUCUUGAUAUUUCUUAUAACCAUUUAUUUGGAAGUCUUCCAAGUGAUUGUUUGAAGAAUACUCACUUUUUUGUUUUGAAGCUCAACAACAAUAGAUUAUUUGGAGAGAUCCCUAACUCAAUAUGUUCAAGUUCAUAUUCAUCAAUUGAAACUCUACAAUUAGGGCAUAAUAACUUUUCCGGAAAAUUUCCUUCCACAUUGAAGAACUGCACUCAACUUCGAGUUUUAGAUUUGGGAGAUAAUAAUUUGGAAGAUGCAUUGCCAUUGUGGAUUGGGGAAGCAUUAAUAGAUCUUGUUUUACUUAGUGUGAAGUCAAAUCAAGUAUAUGGAAAUGUACCACUAAAUCUUUGCUAUCUUACUAAGAUUCAAAUACUUGAUCUUUCUCAAAACAAUUUGUCUGGAUCCAUUCCUUCAUGCUUUGAGAAUUUCACUUCAAUGGUUGAGGAACCAAUUUAUGGUAGCAUAAUUUUGGUAUUUUUUCGUCGGUUUCCUGGCCCUUUUAUUUUCUUUCAUAAUAUUGCAUCGAUUGUUUGGAAAGGAACUGAGUAUGAAUACAGGAAGAACCUUGGAUUACUAAGAAUUAUUGAUCUAUCAAGUAAUAAAUUGAAUGGAGAAAUUCCUAUUGAAGUGACUAAUCUUGUACAAUUGGUUCAACUAAACUUAUCAAGAAAUGAACUUAGUGGAAAUAUUCCAAAGAAGAUGGGAAGCUUGAGUAAACUAGAAUCAUUGGAUUUGUCUCACAAUAAGCUUUCAGGAAAAAUUCCUACAAGCUUAGGAGAAGUAUCAAUGUUGGAUUACUUGGAUUUGUCAAAUAACAAAUUAUCAGGAAGAAUCCCUACAAGUACUCAAUUGCAAAGCUUUAAUGCUUCUUCAUACGCUAAAAAUUUUGCUCUUUGUGGAGUUCCUUUGACAAGCUCAUGCCCUGGAGACGAGACAUCAUUACAAAGUUUUUCUACUUCAAAUGGAAGCGAAAACGAUGACAAAUGGUUUAACAUGUCAUCGGUUUACAUGGGAAUCGGUGUUGGAUUUUUCAUUGGAUUUUGUGGGAAUUUUAUGUUGGACAAUUCUUGGAGAUUUGCUUAUCUUCAGUUCAUGCUAAUAUUGAGAGGGUGGCUUUACAAGAUGAUUACCCUCAUGAAAGGAGCUGCAUUGAUGGGGAAAAAGCUAGCUUGGCACUAACAAAACACUGCGAUGGUGAUGACAUGGGCAUUGAAGAUAACACAUCUUGUUUCAGAAUUUUGUGAUUUUAGUACCUUAUUAGGGCAUGUCAUGAUAAUAUUAUUUGUAAGUUUGUUUGUACGCGUUAAAAAUUAAUGAUUCUAAAUUUGGUGUGUUUUGUUGAAUAACUAGUUUCUUUUGUUUUAGUAAUAAUUUUAAGUUUUGGUGUUUCUAAUUAAUAAUAAUAUUGUCACAUGACAUGAAAGUUAUUGACUAGGUAUACAUUUUUCUUAACAUUAAAAAUAAAAUUAAAGUCAAUAUCUAUUACACUUAGUUAUCUCUAAAGUAAUGAUAUUAAUUAAUAUUUGGGAAAUCUACUAUAUUUCAUUACAUUGUUAUCAAUAUUUAUUUGUAAAACAAAAUUUACAUAUUUUUUAUUCAAUCAUAAUUAAAUAAAAAAUAUGAUAUGAUAACAAACAAAUGUUAUUAUUGUUAUUUUAUUAUGACAAAAAUUAUUCUUAAGAGUAAUACA